AUGCUACGCCUCGCCUGGCUCACGCUCGCCAGCGCGCUGCUGUUGGCAGUGCUGACUCCCUUGGUCGUUGCUCUCCCUUUCAUCCCGAUAUCUGCAAACUACAUCGAGGCCUUCCAGGCUCGCUUCGACCCUCGCCCCGUCCAGCCUCAGCGUCGCUACAUCACCACCUUCACCGCGCCUACAGGCUUUCGUUACUCGUGGGGCAUUGAUGGAUAUCGCGUGUCUUAUGGCACCUCUUCCGGUCAGUACAUCUCUCGCUCCGCCAUUCCAAAUGCGAUCAAAGUCGACCAGAACGCCGUCAACUCGUGCGGUGCCCUCUGCAGAAGAAGCUCGAGAUGCAACUUCUUCCAUCCCGUCGAGAUGAGCGGCAGCUCAGAAGGCAACGUCAUCUGCGCCCUCUUCACCGCAAAGCAGAGCAAGUCAAACGCCAUCUACGACGCAGGUCCCGGCACUACCGGUGGCUUUGUCGUGUCCGCCUAUGGCUUCAGUCGUAACAUCGCUACCGCCGACAGCGUCGCCACGUCUUCCACUGCCAGACCCACCACUUCCACCACAAGUAGGUUUACCACUACCACCUCGAGCAGGCGCACCACUACCACCUCUAGCAGGCGCAGCACCACCACCUCAAGCAGAAUCGCCACUACCACCUCCACCAGGAGAACCACUACCACAUCAUCCACCAGGCCUGCCACCACCACCUCGUCUCGCCUCACUACCGCUACCUCCUCCAGGUCGACUUCGACCACCUCGAGCAGGCUCCCCACCACCACAUCCUCCAGAACCACCUCAGCCACAUCUAGCAAGCCACUCACGACCACAUCGUCCAGGGCAACUACCACUUCCUCUACCAGAGCCGCCACCACGACUUCCAUCCGCACCACCACGUCUUCCUCCAGCAGGGCUAGUGCAACCACGUCGAGCAAGCUCACUACAAGCACAUCAACCAAGCCAGCCACGACGACCACGUCGUCCACUGGAGCAACUACAACCAUCUCCUCGUCUAGUAAGGCAGCUACGACCACUUCCUCGUCCAGCAGAGCCAGUAGUACCACAUCCUCGUCUAGCAAGGCCACCACGAGCACCUCUUUGAGCUCUAGCGCGCAAAGCACCAGCAGAAGCACCAGCAUUGCCUCCUCUUCCACCUCCUCGAGGACGUUCGCGUCUUCCACCUCCAGUGGGGUAGGCUCCGCAAGCUCCGCUUCGCAGACCUCCUCCGCGCCGACCACAUCUGCCAGCGCUCCGGUGCCCCCGACUGCGACCAUCGACUCGCUGUCUUCGGGUUCAGCGACCAACACAACAACAAUGACAACAACCACUACUGCAGCUCCGACCCCCACCGGGCCUCCGCCUCCUCCUGCCGGCGCCACCUUGGUCCAAUUCCAGCCAUGCAACGGUAUCAACGCCACUGUUCCCAUGUUGGUCAACAAAAACUACCCAAUCAACGGCUCCACCUCUGCCACCACCGUCUGGAUCUCUCAGCACGGUGCCUCUCGCAACUUCGAAGACUACUUCCGAUCUGUCCGCAACGUCGUUGGCGAUCUCGGCGUCAUAAUUGCUCCCAAUUUCUAUGCCUCCUUCGACCGGGGCAGGCAGUACAACAGAACCACCAAUUUGGCGUGGAACAGCAACGACUGGGGCGAUGGCGCCGACGCUGUCGCCCCUGCCAACAUUUCCGCCUGCUCGUCGUUCGACGUCUACGAUGCGCUCCUCGCUCAACUCGCCGACAAAUCCAAAUUCCCCUCCCUCACCCAGAUCUUCAUCGUCGCCCACUCGGCAGGCUCCGCCAUGAUGACCAAAUACGGUGUCCUCAAUCCUUCCACCGGUGCCAGGUUCGUGCUCGCCAAUGCGCCCACGAUGCCUUACUUCACACUCGUACGACCCAACUCGACCGAGAACUGCACCUCCUACGACAACUGGGCUUACGGCUUCAGCAGUCCCGUGCCACGUUACGUUGCUGCUCGUGCUCCGGAUCGUGAGUCUGCCUUCCGCAGCUGGAUCGGCCAGGACCUAACUUUCAUGACCGGGGACCUCGACACCUACUCUCGUGACUUCAGUGGCGACCAGGGCUGCCAGGCGCGGGCGCAGGGAGGCUUGAAUCGUCGCGACCGUGGCUACGCUUGGUGGGCCUACCUCAACCUCAUCGGCGGCACCUCGACCAACGUCACCGCCUUCUACGGCUACGACUCGUUCACCAAUCAGAGCGUCACUAGCCUCAACCCGCCCAAGUUUGGCGCCAGGCAGUGCACCGUCGACGGCGUCGCUCACGAUAAUUAUGGCAUGUUCGCCAGCGACUGCGGUCGGGCCGCUCUCAUGGGCAAUGCCACCCUUCCUCCCGAUCCGGGUCCGUUGAGGCCUUACGAGGAUGAAGAAGAAGAACAGUACCACGAAUGA